AAAGUCGAAGACGGCGAGCGGCGACGGCUCCUCGGAGGGAUAGACUUUAACUACAGAAGACUUGGGUCAAAAUGGUUUCCAGAAGGAAGCUUUCAAAAUCAGAGGGCAGAGAUAACUUGCCGGAAGAUGCCUCUAAAGGCAUGGAACAACUUUCCAAAAAGACAAAGACAUUUCUUGCUACUGAGAAAGCUGACGACAGCGACAGUGUCUUUGUGAGGCUUCUGAAGACAGCAGGCGUUCUUCUGAAACCCGGCCAGCGUCAGCUUCAGCUCGCUGUGGAUCAAAUAGUUUUCCAGAAGAAGCUCUUUGAGACGCUGAGGAAGCAUCCUUCUUAUCCCAAAGUUGUGGAAGAGUUUGUGACUGGCCUGGAGUCUUACAUUGAGGAUCCAGAUAAUUUCAGGAAGUGCCUUUUGUCUUGUGAGCGGCUGCAGGAUGAGGAGAGCAGCACAAGCACUUGUUACUCUAAGAGCCUCAUCAAGCUGCUGCUGGGCAUUGACAUACUGCAGCCUGCUGUCAUCAAAACCUUGUUUGAAAAGUUGCCGGAGUUUUUUUUUGAGAAUGUGAAGGGCGACGUGCUCAGCCUGCCUCGGCUCAUCCUCAGCCAGCUCAAGUGGCUCGACAGAGUUGUGGACAGCAAGGAGCUCAGCACCAGGCUCAUGCAGCUCAUCAGCGUUGCCCCAGCAGGCCUGCAGCAUGACGUGAUCACCAGUCUGCCGGAGAUCCUUGGGGACUCCCAGCAUGCUCAAGUGGGCAAGGAGCUCAGUGACUUGCUGGUGGAGAACACUCUGCUGACCGUCCCAAUCCUGGAUGUUCUGUCCAGCCUCCGGCUAGAAGCAGACCUGCUGUGUAAGGUUCGCCAGCUGGUGAUGAAUAAGCUGUUAUCUGUCACUUUCGAAGAUUUACCUGUGAUAAUCAAGUUCAUCCUUCAUUCUGUGACAGCCAACAAUGCCCUUGAGGUCAUCUCCGAGCUGCGGGACAAGCUGGAUGUGCAGCACUGUAUCUUGCCCUCCUUCUUUCAGCCGCCACAAGUCAGGUUGAAAACCAAAGGGCCGGCAAGUUUUUCACGAAGUCAAGAAAGUGGUUGUCAGAAUUGUGUCGUGCUCCUCUUUGAUGUAAUAAAGUCCUCUGUGAGAUACGAGAAGGUCGUUUCGGAUGCCUGGAUUAAGGCAAUUGAAAAUGUUUCCUCGGAGUCUGAACACAAGACUUUCGACCUGGCCAUGCUGGUCAUCAUCUAUAGCAACAACAUUCAGGCGAAGAAGAGCGUGGAAAGGGUGCUGCGGAACAAGAUCCGCCUGGGCUGCUUUCCGGAGGAUCUGCUGCAGAGCACCUUCUAUAUCCAUCACUUGGUUCUUAUGGACGCUGGCUCAUCCAUUCUGUCACUGGCUCAGAGUUUGUUUCACUCCCAAGAACAGAGCAUAAUUUCUUUUGGCAGUCUCCUCUACAAAUAUAUAUUCAAGUUCUUUGACACUUACCACCAGCAGGAAGUCGUUGGUGCCCUGGUGACCCACAUCUGCAGUGGCAACGAAGCAGAAGUUGACGCCGCGUUGGACACCCUCCUCGACUUGAUAGCAGUGAACCUGUCGGCACUGAGGCUGAACGCUAUCUUUAUCAAGGGCAUUUUAGAUUAUCUGGAUACUAUGUCCCCUGAGCAGAUCCGGAAGCUCUUCUACAUUCUCAGCACCCUGGCCUUCCGGAAGAAGCAGAACGCGGGCAGCCACCUUCAGGAUGACCUGCACCUGGUCAUACGGAAGCAGCUCUCCAGCACCCUGUUCAAGUACAAACUCAUUGGGAUCAUCGGCGCCGUCACCAUGGUUGGCAUCAUGGCUGCAGACAGGAGUGGGCCUUCGCAGAUCCCCCAGGAGCUGGCCGACACGAGCGGUGAGCAUUGCUCACAGGUGACCUCCCUGCUGCAGUUGGUUCAUUCCUGCAGUGAGAAGUCUCCUCAGGCCUCGGCCCUCUAUUAUGAUGAGUUUGCCAACCUGAUUCAACGAGGAAGGCUGGCUCCCAAAGCCCUGGAAUGGGUUGGGCAGACCAUCUUUGAUGAUUUCCAAGAUGCCUUUGUGGUGGACUUCUGUGCUGUUCCAGAAGGUGACUUUCCGUUUCCUGUGAAAGCUCUGUAUGGACUGGAAGAAUACAGCGAUGGUGAUGGGAUCGUCAUCAACCUGUUCCCACUGCUCUUCUCUCAGGAGCUGGCGGAAGACGGGGCCCAGAGUGCUUUGCCGGAGUCAGGCCAAAAAUUGGUGUCGCCAAUGUGCCUGGCACCCUAUUUCCGGUUGCUGAGACUUUGUGUGCAAAAACAACAUAAUGGAAACUUGGAGGAGAUUGAUGGUCUGUUAGACUGUCCUCUCUUCCUGCCUGACCUGGAGUCUGGAGUGAGGCCGGAGACCCUGUCUGCUCAGGAGCGCUCCUUGACGUGCUCAGCCUUGUUCCUCACCAUCAACUGGUUCCGCGAGGUUGUGAGUGCCUUCUGCCAGCAGACAUCACCUGAGAUGAAGGGGAAGGUGCUCACCCGGCUGAAGCACAUUGUGGAGCUGCAGGACGUCCUGGAGAAGCACUUGGCAGUCACCCCUGACUACGUUCCUCCUCUUGCAAACUUUGACUUGGAAACUUUAAAUGUUCCUCGUAGCACUACUGCUGUUUCUGCGAAACUCAAAAAAAAAGAAAAGAAAGGAGAAAAGAAACAGCAAAAAGCAGACGACAGCAAGCUGUCCUGUGACUCAGCUCCAAAGGAGGAUAGUUCCGAGUGUGACCCUGCGCCUUCCAGCAAAAGCCAGCCGGACAAGGAGUCGGUGGGGAAGGAAGGGAAGAUGGCAGUGUCCCUGCACAGUUACCGUCCUUUUUUCCGAGAACUGGACAUUGAGGUCUUCUCUGUUCUGCAUUGUGGACUAGUGACCAAAUCCAUCUUAGAUACCGAGUUGCACACCGAAGCGACCGAGGUUCUACAGCUCGGACCCCCGGAGCUGCUGUUCUUGCUGGAAGAUCUCUCCCAGAAGCUGGGGAAUAUACUGACACCUGUUGCCAAGAGAGUCCCUUUCUUCAAGAGUAAAGGAAGCCGGAAGGUUGGAUUCUCCCAUCUCCACCAGAGAUCUGCCCAGGAAAUAGCUCACUCUGUUGUUCGGCUGAUGACCCCGAUGUGUAACCACCUGGAGAACAUUCACAACUAUUUUCAGUGCUUAGCCCCUGGCAGCUGUGAUACAGUUGAUGGCUCAGCCACGGAAGGUCAGGAGUGCCAGCUCAUGUCUUCCUGCUACCACAGGCUGCUGCAGAUCUUCCAUGGCCUGUUCGCGUGGAGUGGAUUUUCUGAGCUUGAGCAUCACAGUUUAUUCUAUGUGGCCCUUCAAAUCCUUGCCAACCGACUGAAACCAGGAGAACGUGAUCAGGACGUGGACGAGCUGAUCAGCCAGAGCUUCAGUUACUUCCAGAAUUUUCACCAGAGCAUUCCAAGUUUCCAGUGUGCCCUUUACCUCAUCAGACUUCUGAUAGUCUUUAUGGAAAGAUCAAGAAAUCCUUCUCGGAACAAUGAAAAAAUAGCUUCCUUGGCCAAGCAGUUCCUCUGCCGGGCCUGGCCUCUGGGGGAGAACGAGAAGAGCAGCGUCUUCAAUGAGCAGCUUCACUCUUUGCUCAGCAUCUACCUGGAACGCGUCGUGUGCUCUCUCAAGGCCAUAGAGGAGCUCGCUGGUGUGGGCGUCCCGGAGCUCGUCGGCUCCCCAAAGGAUGGGUCGUCCUCUACAUUCCCUACACUGAGCAGGCAUACCUUCGUCGUUUUCUUCCGUGUGAUGAUGGCUGAACUGGAGAGGACAGUGAGAGGGAUCCCGCCUGGCACAGCAGCAGACUCCGACCACAUUCAUGAAGAGAAGCUUGUCUACUGGAACAUGGCUGUUAGAGACUUCAGCAUCCUCAUCAACCUGGUGAAGGUGUUUGAUAGCCAUCCUGUCCUGCAUGCCUGUUUGAAGUACGGUCGUCUUUUUGUGGAAGCGUUUCUGAAGCAGUGCAUGCCGCUCCUCGACUUCAGCUUUAAGAAGCACCGGGAGGAUGUGCUGAGCUUACUGGAAGCCUUCCAGUUGGAUACUCGGAUGCUUCAUCAUGUGUGCGGGCAUUCCAAGAUUCACCAGGACACCAGACUCACCAAACAUGUGCCUUUGCUCAAAAAGAGCCUGGAGCUGCUGGUCUGCAGGGUCAAAGCCAUGCUGGUCCUUAACAACUGUAGAGAGGCUUUCUGGCUAGGUAACCUGAAGAACCGGGACUUGCAGGGUGAAGAGAUUCUCUCCCAGAAUUCCCAGGAGAGCAUGGGAGAGGAAAGUGAGGCUGAUGAGUCAUCCCAGGUCUCCAGGAGCAAAGCCGCAGAGGAUGGUAACGAAGACGAAGGAGAUGCAGUGAGUGAUGAAGAAAAGGAGCAGGAGAGCAACGAGAGUGAUGACAGCUCUGAUUAGAGGUUCCAGAGACCCUGGCCCUCUUGGCAGUAGCAUUCUGGGUCUGCCGUCAGCUGCCAGCUUUUGCAGCAGGAAGCCCCCUGCUUGUCCUUGAAGAGUGGGCUUCAUGUGAUGAACGGUGGGCAUCACGGCUUGUCUAAUAUUCGCUCCCGCCCAGGGUGCCUGGGUUGUGGUGUUGACUUUUACAUCAGGGAAGUGCCACCCUGCAGAAAACACUUGGAGUCAUGAUGUUGGGUCUUCAAAACAAGUUUUGAAUUUUUUUUUUAAUAAUUUCUAAAUCUUGCUUAUGUGAAAGGCAGAGACAAAGAGAUCUUCCAUCUGUUUGUUCUCUAUGCUAAUGGCCAGGCUCACACCAGGCUGAAGCCAGCAGCCUGGGACUCCACGUGGGUCUCUCACAUGGGUGGCAGGGGCCCAGGCGCAACGGAGCAGCUGAAAUGUCUUGGUUCAUUCUAGCAUUUACCUUUGUUCUAAUUUUGCAAAUAAACUGUUGUAAGUUGUACCUCA